AUGACGGAAGUUUAGACGGUUGCUCUGGGUGAACGAAGUGAACACUGACAGCAUCGCAUCAAAAAAGAAAUUAUUCUCUCCCCCUAAAUUGACCCAGCCUCCCCUUUCCCUCACCCAUGGCGUCCAAUUCUAACAUAGAUAUUGAGGGUGCCACCCAGCAUCUGCGGGACAUCCUCAAGCUCGACCGUCCCGGGAACAGCACCGAUGCACAAUCAAGUGACGGUCAGAGGAAGCGAUCAUUCAAUGGAGAGCUGAAUGGGUUAUUGGGAGCAGCAGGCCUUCUAGGCAGCACUGAUCGGUCAACCAUGUCAGAAUCUUCCAGACCCAUCUCCACAGACAUCAGCAGUGCUCAGGAGAGUCAGAUAAUCUGCCUCUCUGGUGAUGAUGGGUCCACCUGUAUCCCCAUCACCUCUAACAAUGUGGAGAUUGUGGCGAGUCAAGACUCCAGCAUCAACAGCAAGGCUCGAGGCAGCAACAAGGUGAAGAUUCAACCUGUUGCCAAGUACGACUGGGAACACAAGUAUUAUUAUGGUAGACUGAUAGCUGUGUCCAACUCCUUCCUGGCCUACGCCAUCAGAGGAGCCAACAACCAUUCGAUGAUUCGUGUCCUGAGUCUGAAUUUUGCCGAGCGCUCCCUACUGAAGGGAUUCACCGGGGCCAUCACAGAUCUUGCGUUCGCCCACCUCGACUCUUCCCUGUUGGGUUGUGUAGAUGAAGCUGGCAACCUGAUGGUCUGGCAACUCACCUGCACUGGAAACAAGAUACUAGAUCAGAUAGUGGUUCAUAUCACACGGCCAGAAGACACGCCACUGAACUCCCACCGUCGCCUCAUCUGGUGUCCAUUCAUCCUGGAUGACAACGAGGAGAACCAGGAUGACACCAGCCAGACCUUGGCCCUUCUACAUGAAGACAGGGCUGAGGUGUGGGAUCUGGAGGUCCUGAGAGCCAACAACAGCAGUUGGCCUGUCAGUGCCACAGACCUGAAGGAAGGCCUCAUCACAGUGAAGGGACAUACCCAGCGGGUCAGUGAAGGGGCCUUGUCUCCAGAUGGAACUGUGCUAGCCACAGCCAGCCAUGAUGGAUACAUCAAGUUCUGGCAGAUAUACAUAGAAGGGGGACAGGACAAGCCCAGAUGUCUCCAUGAAUUGCGGCCUCAUGGAGGACGCCCCCUCUCUUGCCUUCUUUUCUGUGACAACCACAAGAGGCAGGACCCAGAGGUUCCUUUCUGGCGGUUCCUCAUAACUGGAGCAGAUCAGAACCAGGAGCUGAAGAUGUGGUGCACGGUGUCAUGGACCUGUUUACAGACCAUCAGGUUCUCUCCCGAUCCAUUCAACUCAUCAGCUCUGCCAAGUCUGAAGGCCAGUCUGGACCUUUCUGCGGAGUAUCUCAUCCUCACCGAUGUACAGAGGAAGGUUCUGUAUGUGAUGGAGCUGCGGCAGGACCUGGAGAAAGGGAAGGCCAGUUUCACAGCCGUGUCAGAGUUCCUGCUGACCCACCCUGUGCUCAGCUUUGGAGUCCGGGACGUCACCCACAGUCGACUGCGACACACUGAGGUCCUUCCUGCAGAGGAGGAGAGCGAGAGCAUGAGCACAGAGGGCACUCAAGGACCCACAGAGUCCCAGUCUGGGAUCCAGAUUAAACUCUACUGUGUUCACACUAAGAGUCUGCAGGAUGUCCAGAUCUGGUUUCAGCCCAAUGUUGGUUCCAGCUCUGCAGUCUUCCUGCCUCAUUCUGAUUCUCAGGAUGGUUUUGUAGGAUUUUCAGACCAUCUCACUGACCAGAGCUCUGACAAGGAGUCAGGAAGUGGCUCCCAGACCGACCUAAGGAAGAUCCCAUCUCUUCCUGCUCCUGCUGACUUCUUGACCAACUCUGGCUCUGGCAGUGGGCCAAUGCCCAAGCUGAUGACUCCCGACGCCUUCAUGACACCAAGCACUUCGGUACCAGCGUCUCCUGGCAGCAGUGCCAGCAGUCUGACCAUUGUAACAGCUAUCAGCAGCAACUCCGACUCAACUAACAGAGCUAUAGACGAUGUCAGUCAGAGUCCUAACAGAGCAGAGAACAGCAGCAGCAGCAGUAGUCUGACACUCUCUGCCUCCACCAGCAGCCCAAGAGCUGCUUCUGGUGUGCUGCUGCCCGGACUGGAGAACCUACAGGCUUUGGCAUCCCCUAGUGGUCCUCUUGCCCUUGACAGCCCUCAGGUCUUGGACUCUCCCCUUCUGCCACCUCUGGCCUCUCCGACCAGGGCCCGCUCCCCCGAUGUCAUCUCCUCAGCCUCCACAGCCAUGUCCCAAGACAUGCCGGAGAUUGCGUCCCAGACGCUGCAGCUUCAGCGUGGACUAGUGUCCAGCCUGGAGACCUUACCCCUCUCUGCUCUCCAGACAGACAGCAUGGCCUCUGCUGCCUCUGCUCUGCACCUGCUGACCUCACCACGCACAGCCAACAACAGCCUUUUGCCCCUGGAACUCGGAGGGGCAGAUGGGCCAGUGUGUGGAGCUGUGGAGUCAGAGCCUCGACUCAGCCACACCCCAUCUUUACUGGAGAAUGCCUUAUCGCAGGAGAACCCUGGGGUAGGAGGAGGGUCGUCAGAUGGUAGUGCCAGCCACACGCCUUGGCCAGCUGCACCUGACAUCACCAGAGAAACCCGGAACAGUCUCAGGGACAAUGGUCUCGGAGACUGUUCGAGAGAGGAGUCAAAGGACAGACACUUGAGCUCACCUUACCAUCGGCGCUCCUAUCACCUCACACAGAAUGACAAUCAGGAUGCAGCUGCAGAGCAGAGCGACCCCGAUGAUGAGGUGGCCAGCUUGGCAUCGUCCUCAGGGAACUGCGGCUCUCGCUCUUCUCACAGACUCCCAGUUAAGGACUGGAAGACCUCACCACGAGGCUCACCAAAACUAAAGAGGAAGCCCAAGAAAGAUGACAGUGAAUCAUCUCAGUCCAGGCAAAUGGAUUCUGGUCAGAUGAAUGUGGAUGUACAGGACGAGUUGUUGAUGCUCCUGCGUAGCCAGCAGAGGGAGCUGACUGAACUACGUGGGCAGAUUGAAGCCAUGCAGAGCUCCAUUAUGGCCCAGGUCGAGCAUGUCCUGACCAGCCACCAGGAACAAGAACAGCGCAGGCUGGAGCGAGUUCUGGCAGAGAGUCAGAAUCAUCAGCAGCAGCUUCAGGAACAGCUCAGCCAGCAGCUCAGCCACGCCCUCAGCUCAGCCCUCACCAACAGAAUGGACAAAGUGCUACGAGAGGAAAUGAAGAAAACAGUCCCGCAAACGAUCUCUAAGAGCCUGGAGCCUGUGACAGGCCAGCUGAACAACACAAUUGCUGCUAAGCUGACUGCUGUGGAGGUCACCCUGAAGGACAAUGUCAGCAAGGUGGUCAAAUCCAAGAACACAACAGAUGCGAUUGGUCGAGCAGCAGCUGAGGCGAUGCAGGGGCCCAUCCAGGCAGCCUAUAAAGAUGCCUUCCAGAGCAUCGUGCUGCCUGUUUUUGAGAGAGGCUGUCAGUCCAUGUUUCAGCAAAUCAAUGACAGCUUCAAACAAGGAACACAAGAAUACAUCCAGCAGCUUGAGACCCAUAUGAAGAACAGAAAGCAGAGGGAGCAGGAGACACGAGACCCCAUGAUUAGCCAGCUCCAACAGAUGAUCGACACCUUCCAGAGCUCCACAGAUCAGCUGGCCAGUAACAUCACCACUAAUGUCCGGGCAGAGGUCCAGCACCAGAUCCAGAUGAUGGUGGGAAAUUUGCAGGAGUCUAUUCUUAGCCACGUGCAGAGAAUUGUCAAAGGGGAGGUUAGCCUGGCAAUGAAGGAGCAGCAGGCAGUGGUCACCUCCAGCAUCAUGCAGGCAAUGAGGUCGGCGGCCGGCACACCCGUCCCCACUGCACACCUAGACUACCAGACACAGCAGGCCAACAUCCUGCAGCUCCUCCAGCAGGGCCAGCUCAACCAGGCUUUCCAGCAGGCUCUGUCAGCUACAGAUCUGAACUUGGUCCUGUAUGUCUGCGAGACCAUCGACUCUCAGCAGGUGUUUGGUCAGCACCCCUGUCCUCUCAGCCAGCCCGUGCUGCUGUCGCUCAUCCAGCAGCUCUCCUCCAACCUCUCGACCCGAUCUGAGCUCAAAAUCAGUUACCUGGAGGAUGCAGUGAUGAAUUUGGACCACGGCGACCCCCUGACAAGAGACCACAUGUCCUCUGUGUUGGCCCAGGUCAGACCGAAGCUCUUUGCCUUCCUGCAGCAGGACCCCCACAGCCCGCUCAGCAAGAGGGCGCGGCGCCUGAUGAUGAUGCUGCAGGGUCUUGUCAACCACUAGUCCUUCAUUUAAAGUCUGGUGCAGAGUCCUUUCCCUCAUAGAUACAGCUCAUGAAUCCAUUUUUUGUUAUGAGUCUGCAGAAAGCAACAAGGACUGCUUCACCCCACUUUGAGCAGAUUGUCGGAGCUUGAGGACGGAACAUGUUGUUGGCUGGAGAUGGAAGAAGAAGAGGGGCUCCCAAAUGAAUGAGUCUGAAACUUUUCAUUUGGUUAAAGAAGAAGGUCCCCUCUCGUCCACCUGUCCCUCCACAUAACCCAAAAUCCAGUUCUUUCUUCCCCUGGGCAUUUCUUCUUAUUCCUCCCCCUCCUCCUCUUCCUCUAACUGCACCAGUGAAGUGUCAAGUUAGAAAAUAGACUAUUUUUGUUUCUCUCAUGUUUUUUUUUUUUUUUUUUUCCCUAGACACACCUUCAAUCCAAGACAAUAGUGGUCUGGACAGAAAGAUUGUUGCUGAUUUCUGCUAAAGAGACUCUUUAAGUUCACUGUAGAUUCUUGCAGACCUUCAUUACUGCUGCUCCCCCCCCCCACACACACACCUCCCAGUGAGGCAUUCUGGUCGUCUCUCAUCCUUUUAUCCCUAUCAAGAAGCAAAAGACUCGUCUUCGUCCUCGUCUCCCAGACACACAAUACCUGACACUCCUUUGAUGUUAUAUCAUCCAAAUGUGCACAAGACUCGAAGAAUGUUCAGCUGAGCGGUCCACAAGACCGAACACGGCUGUUUCUUUUGUUCUGCCGUGUGCCUCUGACCCGUCAGUCAGACAUGUCGAGUUCUGGGACACCGGACAAGAUGGGAUGCAGUGGCUACUUCUGAGCAACGGAGAGAACAAAAGUAUGCUGAAAGAAGAAAUGUUUCGCCUCAAAAUGUCGCCUUGUAUGGCCUUAAGAGCAAACAGCAGGCUUGGUGGACACAUAUUUUUUUCCCCCCUUUCAACACAGAGCAGCAUCCUCCGUAGAGUGAACUUGGAAUUCAGUUGCUGCAGGAAAACACAGUCCUCGGUUCAGUUUUCUUAAACAACCAAGCUAAUCCCAGCAACCAAAAGUAUGUACCAUCCAAAGCCAGUUUAUGUUGGUGGCAUAUUUCCUUCCUGUUAUUUCUUAUUAGGUUGGAGAGGACAACCUUCCCAGGCCAAAUCUGUCUCAGUGAGGAUCAACAUGUUGACUUGUUACGCUGACCGUUCAUAACGCUGGUUCCUGUGUUCGACGUAUCCGGGAUGAAAUGCAUAUCUCAUUAUAAUUUUUUCCGUCUGACCUGGUUUUCACAGAUCUUUUCCGAUGAGGGUUUUUUUUUUUUCCCCGACAAAUACAAAUAAAACUAAAGGAUGAGAAAUAACCGAAACAUUUUUGAAAUUUAAUAAAAAUUCCAAAAAAAAUAGAAAAAUAAAAAAACUUUUCAGCCUGGAGUUGUUUUCCAGGCUUAAAAGAAUUCCCCUUUAAAAUUUGAAAUAGUUUGGAGCCCAACGUUGAGGCUGGCAGCCGUCCAUGUGUACAGCUCUGUCCUGUAAAUUGAUCAGACUGCUCCUCAUGUUUUCUUCUCAGUCCCUUUUUUUUUUUUUAUAACAUUUAGUAUUUGUAAGACUUGUAUACUUGCUUUAAGAGUUGUCAAACUAGUUAUAAAACAUGAUAAAAACACUUCCUAUACAUAAUUGUUACUGCUGAUGUUGUUUUAUCAGGAUAUUGUUAAACUUAAUGUGCAGUUACUUCUCACAGACUCUAGGAGGCAGCACUUAGUUGGACUGCAGAUAUUCACCCAGCUUGUUUAAGUUAAAGUUUUGAAUUCAGAAAUCAUUCCUGCUCUGACAGUAUGUGUUUUACCAAACGGUGAAAAGCCUGCCUUUAGGUUGUAAAUGCACUGUUCAUUCAUCUUUAAAGUGUGUAGAAAGUGUGUUAUCAUUUGUGUUCAGCCCACUCACACAUUCAGUUUAAUUACAGGGUGACCACACUUUCGCUGAUUGUAAAAUAAAAGUUCAGUUAAUUUGACCUCUGUGUUUAGAAUCUGUUAGGUUGGAUUUGUCUAGCAAGUGCCUUAUUGUAUUUUAUCCGUUUCGGACAUUUGAUCCCAUUUGGGCCUGUAGACAACUGGUAAUGUUGAAGAAUUAUCCCACAGCUGUUCCAUUUAUCUUUUACAAGCAUUUAGUUCAAUAAAACACGUUGGCUGGAUCUGAAGUAAGGCUCGAACGGCACAGCAGAGGAGAACCUGUAUGUUUUGUUUGCAAACAGUUGACCCGGACAGAUAUCUGAACGCUCACGUCAGUGUAUGAAACCGAGAGAGAUGUACUGUUUUGACUGCUGCCGCCUUCACCUUCGGCUGUUCGCCGUGUUGAAGGGCAGGCUGUGAGUGGGAGCUGUGUCACUUUUUCUCUCUCUCCAUUGUGUUCAUUUCCCUCUGCUCGGUCGGUUAUGUUGUAUCUUUUACAGUUUCUUUUACCCCAGACAUUUUUGGAAUAAUAAUAAUAAAAAAAAAAAAAGUU